AUGGCAGCGUAGUUAGCAAACUGCCCCGUUGCGGUGUGUUCUGCGCAGCGAAGGAGCGAAACAUCUCGACGGCUUCUCACAGUUUCGCCGUUUGUCCGUUUUGCCGGUGAAGCCCAGUUCUUUGCUGGGCAGUGUUGGCUCUGUCGCCAACAAGGCUGCGGGGGAAAAAAUAAAAAUAAAAACAGACAGAGGGACACUGCGCUGCCUUUCAGCUCAAACCAGCACGACUGCGCUAGCAGGAACCCGUGUUGUUAGUGAUAUCAAAUUAAAGACGAUGGGCACCUUCGGCACCGGUGCAGUCACCCUGGCUGCUGAGGAAGACGAAGAGGAGGAAGAGUGUUGCGAAGUUAAUCGUUUACCGCCACUGCUUGAGGAUGAGGAGAACGUGUCUCUGGCGGAUAUACUGUGUCUGAGAGACAGCUGUCUGUCUGAGCAGGAGGUGUGGGCGGUGUGUAUGGAGUGUGUCCGCUCCCUGCAGAGCAUCGCAAUGUCGCCGCUCUUUCACGCUCUUUGCAUUACACCAGACACUCUGGCUUUCAACAGUCAUGGCAAUGUGUGCUUCAUGGAACAGCUCAGUGAUGACCCAGAAGGCUCUUUCGUGCCUCCUGAAUUCGACAAGACUGGCAACACGUUUGAGGGCCACGUGUUCUCUCUUGGCUCCACACUCUCAGCUGCUUUGGAUUAUGUUAUAGAGCCUGAAUUAGAGGUGGAGUUGGGGGUGGAGACUCAAAGGUUUCUUGAACAAAUGCAAGAAGAGAAACCAGAAAGUAGGCCCUGUCCACAGGACAUUCUCUCUCAGGCUGAAGCCAGACUCACAGGCACUUCAUCCACGGCCGUGUGUCGGAAGCUCUCAGCCAUUGGUAGAAGAGUGCUGUCUAUAGAAUCAGUUGGAACGUUCCAAGAUGAAUGGGAGAAAACAUAUCGUCAGCUUCUCAAAUACAAAGGGUCAAGAUCAAACCUGGUUGAGAAUCACACAGGUGACCAACACAUGAGCAGAAAUUAUUCAUCAGAUUCCUAUGAGGAAGAAGAGCAUCUGAUUAAACAAAGGGGCCGGGUCUGUAAUGGUUCCUUCCGGUCAGGGAGCGUGGAUGAGUAUUCCAGUGGUUCAGUGUUAUUUCGAGAGGAAAACUCACUCUGUCAGUCUCAGAACAGCUCCCCCGUCCGCAGGAGGAACCAGGAGAGGAGGUCAGGGAGAGCAAGGAGUGCCCUUAACCGCUCCUGCUCUGUACCGGACUCCAAUAACCCUCCUGUCUUCUCACCUCCUACACAUACGGACAUCAGUAUGAUGGUGGCAGACCUGUCAGAGAUUGAAGGAGAGGACAGCGUCAUGAUGCACUGGGAGGACAGGAUGCUGAAGGGACAGCAAAAGAAAACAGCCCAGGAUGCAGAUUCAGACAAGCAACCAGAGGUGAUUGACCACUCUGUGGAAUCUGUAGAUAGAAUCAGUACCUUUUCCCCUCCUUACAUUAGCGUUGACUCGGGCCCAGAUGAUACAGGUCAAAGCUGGGUCAUUGAGGGAGGCCUCUCUGCAAAUGCAGAGGAGGAGACAGAGAGCAGCAACCUGUGCUGCUCUAACUACAUGACUAAAAGCAUGCUGUGCCUCAAUGAAGAAACUCAGGAUGAGUGGGUCUCUCUGCGGGAGCUGCUCUCACACUGUACACGACCGCUGUCCGUGAAUGAAUUGUGGGCUCUGUGCUACACUUGCCUUUCCACUCUGCAGACCUACAUUGACUUUCCAGCUUACCUGUGCCUAGACUCUGUGUAUGUGGGCUGUGAGGGAGAAAUGCUGUUUCUGAAGCCUAAAAAUCCAGGAUCAUAUGAUGCCUUUUACGUAGCUCCUGAAUUCCAGGAACAUGGUAUUGUUACAGAAAAGGCCUGCAUAUAUGGAGUAGCAGCCAUUCUGUGGGCCACAGCUAAGUUUCAUUUGUCCCCUAAUCGGAAGCUUGCUAUGCCAAGAAGGCUCAAGAGGCUUUUGCUUGAGAUGGCCAAAAGAACACCAAUUGAAAGACCUUCUAUUGCCAUGGUAGAAAAGACUUGCCGUGAUUACUUGUCCCGUCAAGGGACUAAUGCAGAAACUGUGUGGACGCGGCUAAUCAACAGAGUUCAUAAGGUAUCCAGUUGGAUUGUAGAGCCAGACUCUUUGAAAAACACUACUCCAGCAGAGAGGAAAACUGGUUUUAUUCCCUUGGCAAGUGAUGCCAAGUUGGACCCUGUAUCUGGCCCUGUUCCUCAGAGGAGCCCUGUCUCAAUAAGCAGGCUGCCUAAGGCUUUCACCUCCUCAGCCACUCACUUUACCCCUAUAGUGCUGGCUCAGGAGGAGGGCCCCAUCACUGAUCAUGGAACAGAGAGCAUCACCCCUGAAAAUGAAAUGCCCAGUGAGGACGUGGCAGCUGAAACACCACUACCUGAAGAGUACUGGGAAGAAGUGAUAGAACAAGGGAAAAUGGACAAAGCUCUUCCAGCACAGGAUUACUGCUCCACCUUGUCCAGAGACAGUCAAGAGACAAAUAGCCACUCUGUGCCAAACUGCUCUAGCUUAUCCUGCGCUACUGCUACUGGUGUUUACAACAACUACUUACUACAGCAAGACCCUCAGACAGGACAUCUGACCCUGUUUCCUAUUCAGAUAGCUGUUUCUCAGCCAAUCACAGGCCUGGACCUUAGCCUACCAUUUAGUGCAACAUCAGAGACUAACAAAAAUGAGGACUGUGACACAUCCCAUGUCACCCAGAAUGGGCAAUCUGAGCACCAUGCCACGUCGUCUCAGUACAAAAAGAGAAACGGUAACAUAGCACAUAAUGGGGCUCACCCAAACAGCAUGGACCAUAGACAUCUCAUUCUGCAGCAGGUCAUUGGCCUGAUCAGAGAGGAGUUUGCCUUUGAUGGUUAUCUAGAGAGUGGAGUGGAAGAGCUAGCCAUGGGAGAGUACAUCCUUUCUUUAAAGAGCCUGCAGUUGGAGACCUUUUGCAGGGCAGUAGUGGAGAAGUUCAGUGAUCUCCACUGGGACCCAGACCUGCUGGGUUUGCUGCACUGCCUGGUCAACCACAGCUGCCCUUCCUUAGCGUCUAGCGAACAGCCCCCAUCAAAGCCUGAGGAAAGGGCAUUGACAUCACUCCUGAAUGCCAGGAGGCAUGAGGCAGAGAGAGAGAGGAGAGACAGCAGAGAACAUACUCAGCUUGACCACAAUGCAAAUGUGUGCCCUGCUGCCUUUUUAGGCCCUUCAGUGGAGAACGAACAGACAGCAGCUGUAGAACAAAAAAAGCUAGAGGACACACAAGGACACAGAGGGCCAGAAGAAGGAGGAGGAGAAGGAAAGACAGCCUCUGAGAGCAACAACACGUGGAUGUUGGACAGGACCCAGCAGCUAACAUACAACAAACAUUGUCAUGACUGCACAGGGAUGAGUGGAGUCAGUUUGAAGAUGGAGAGCAGCAGUGUUCCAGUAGGGGGAGCUGAUGGGCAUGCCUGUGAGGAUGAAGCUCUGUACCAGAGCUGUGAACUGGAGGAGAGUGGAGAGAGCCAGCUCACCCAUGACUGGUCGGACACAGAAAUGGACGACUCUGGCUCCUUCAUCUCCGACAGGCCCCUGUUCUCGUGCUCGGGCCUCCAGAGGCCCUCUUUCAGCCCUGCAUGGGCUCUGGCUCUACAUGGAGAGGACUGCUUCAGCCAGGAUGUGGUGGAGUACGCCUGCAAAUUGGGCAACCACAGUGACUCGCCAAGCUUGGAGGAUAAAUCACAAGAGCCACCUUUCUUAGACCCAGAAUUUUACCAGGAACUUCAGCAACAGCUGAUAAUUGAGAGCAGAAAUCUAAAGAAGACCAGAAAUUUCUACCACAAGCUGAUUCACCAAGAGAGAAAAAAUAAAGGUUCUGAGGCAAAAAUGAUGCUGCCCAAACUGAAAAUGCAGUUUGAAGAGCUGCGAACCAAAGUAGAAUUCCUUCACUCUGUAAGGAAAUAUCUCUGGGUGUUGUCUGUGGAUCAGUGGGGCUUGCCCCCCUCUCUACUGCCCUCUUUGGCUGCUUCUGGAGUUUCUUGUGUAGACCUCAGACCCUGUGAAGAUCAAGUUGUGUUGAGCCUGGUGUGUGAACAGCGCAGAAGGAAAGGCUGCUGCCCUCUAGUGGCUGGGACACCCAAAGGCCUCAUGGCUUAUCUUUAUGCCAGAAAUGCUUACAUGGAAGGAUACAUCCAGCACUUCCUCUACACUUUUCGAUAUUUCUGUACUCCUGAGGAAUUUCUACAGUUUUUAAUAGACAAAUUUAAAAACUCACUGGGAGGAAAUGAAGACCCCUCUUCAACCAGUGCAAAGGUGUACCAUCGUACUCUAGACCUCUUAGAGUGCUGGACUGGAAAUUGCCAGCUGGUGGACAUGACAUCCAAGUCCCGCCUCCAGCAAACUCUUGACCACUUCCUCACAUCAGAGGUGGCUCCUGUAGACAGUCGAGGAGAGAAUCUACUCAUGAUACUGCAAAACCCUCCUAAAAAGCAACAGAGCUGUGGGAUGGUGUGUCUUGGUGGGAGUCCAGUGAAUAUUUGGGAGGAUGGUGAUGUCCAGUCAGUUUCCUCCUUAGGCGGGAAGUCAGAGGAUGCUGCCAAGAAGAGUUUCCAGUGGCGUAUAUCCCGGGUGGUAGAGCCCCAGGCAAGCCAGCCUAAAGAGAAAGUGUACUCCAUUGCUGCAGCGCUGCCCAGACCCUGCUACAGUUCUCUGGUCAGCCAGCUGACCGGCUCGUGUCUGAGGAGUGAGGAGAGAGUGGCCUUCAGUGAGACAGAACACAUACCUCUGCAGAUAGCACAGCAGCUCACACUCCUCCAGCAGGAACUCUUUCAAGGUUGUCACCCCGUCAAUUUCCUCAACUCCAGAGCACAGGGAGUUCGAGAGAAAGCAGUAAACAUCUCAAAAUGUGUACCACCUGAUGCCCCACCACUAGAGGGCAGUAGUCUGUUUGUGGGUGAGGCACCAGCUCAGGAUGGGCCCCUGCAGCUCCUCAUCCGGUAUGCAGAAAGUGUAACUAACUGGGUGUCCGCUGAGAUCGUCAUCACCGACUCUGUGAAGGUUCAGACGUCUUUACUCAUCAAGUUUCUCUCUAUUGCUAAACACUGUUACGAGACGAGAAACUUUGCUACUGCCAUGCAGAUUCUUGGAGGACUGGAGAAUGUGAUUGUGAAGCAGUUACCGGCUUGGAAGCAGCUGUCAGCUAAAAUGUUGGAAGUUCUUGAGGAGCUCAGAGCUGUACAGGUGUUUCUGAAAAGCGACAGCCUGUGUCUGAUGGAGGGAGAAAGGGGAAGAGGGCAGCCAACUCUACCGGAUGCACACACUCUGGCCAUGCAUGUACAACAGCAGGAGAUAGGAGCUUUCACACUGACCAGUGGAGCAUACAAGUGGCCCAAGCUAAGGAGUAUAGCGCGUGUGGUAAGUCAGGUCCAUGCGUUCCAGGAGCGCAUGUAUUCAUACACUCCUGAUCUAGAGCUGCAGGCAUACCUGCAGGCCCGGAUCACCCAUCUGGGUGUGUGUGACGUGUCCCUUCUCGCUGCUGACAACGACGCUAACUUCAACCAACCAGCUGCAGAGCGGCACACGCGUCGGAUCCAGGACACGCUGCGCAGGGUUAAAGCGUCUUUCCAGUGAGCCGACACUGAGAUUAAGCACCCAGGGCUGGAGGGCAGGAGGAGUUUAAUACGAAUUCUGUUAACUCAAGAGAGUGAGUGGGUGUGGAGUUUAAGAACUGGACACUGAGAAAACCCUAUUUUCUCUUGUCUGAGUCAUGUAUGUGGAGCCUGUGGACAAUGGAGCCGAGUGACUGGACUGACAUUUCAGCUCUCUUCACCAUAAGAAUCCUGCGUGUAAUAUGGUCAUAACUGGUAUCUACGGCACUCUUCCAGGGGAGCUUUCACUUUUUCAUCUGGGUUUUUUUUUUCUCCAAAAAAAACAGAACUCAAAAAAAAUUCAAAAGCUUUUCAUCAUCUGUGCACUUUCCAAGGGUUUGUCAAACCAAUUGAAAUCAUAUCUUAAAUCUUAAAAUUUUACUGUUAUUGGCAGUGAAAAGAGUUUGAAAAUUACAGUGGCAUGUAUUAAUCCGUCAUGGCUUAACUGCAUUUAAUCUUUAGUGAAUGCAUAUUAGUACACAGGCCACAUACAGUAGUGUGGUAAAAUCAGGUCUAUUUAACGCACGCUACUCUAAAUUACUCUAAAAUUCUAAAAUGGUACAGAGAACUCUAUUAUUGGGUUGCCUUUAUGUGUUAUGCGAUGUGACAUAUUAUUUUCUGUUUUUAUUAUAUAUAUAUAUUCUUUUGUUUGUGUUUUUGUUUUGUUUUUUGAGUUGUGAGCAGUGCAAUGCUUCAAUUUGUCACCCUGACGGGAGGAAAUAGGCGCCCCUGGAAGCGACUUCCAGGGUGGUCGGAUUCUCUGCAGGUUCCCAGACAGGAUCAGGGGCCUUGACUUCAAAGUGCUUCAGAUAAAGACUCAACUGGAAGGCAAAGAGCUCAGACUUCUCUGGCUACAGAUCACUGAUAAAGGACACAUUGAGCAUGGUGUUAUCAUCAUUGUUACAGCUGAACGAUACCUUUAAAGUUUAAAUUGUCUUGUCUUUAAAGGGAUUGACGUGUCUGUCCAGCAACAGGCAGGGAUUUAAAAACUUUGACAGUGAAAUGGUAUAAGAGACUGAGUCAUCAGCUGUCCUUGACUAGAUGCGAAUGCCUUUCAUACAGCUUCUCAUUUCUCACAUCUUUGAUUAACAGGUAUCUAUAAUGAAAUCAAACACUACAAAUAAACUCAUAAUAAGAGUGGCUGGA